AUGGCGAUGAAUUUGAUCAUUUCACUCAGCAUUGUGUACGUCGGCGAUCCGACGUGCCUCAUUCCUGGCAACCCGAUCGUGUCUGUGUGCUUUGUCAAUGACUUUUGGAUGCGCGUGACUUCGAUGGGCGAAGUCAUUUUGCAGCUGAGCCAACUCGACGAUGUAGCCUCUUCAGAUGCAUCUGCGUGUAUCGCGCGGUAA